AUGCCUCCAGAGCCGCAUGUUGGAACUUCAUGUCCAGUCUCUCCUGUAUCGAGCGUGCACUCCCAUGAGUUGGUAAUGCGGGCCGAAGAGCGCAGUCCAGACACAUAUGGUCGCUCGCGGACUACUGACGAGCAUGGAGCUGCCCCGGAUCUGCCACUCAAGCUGUCCCCCGAGGUGCAGGAGACAAACCGACAGGGAAACGACCAAACCUGGACAGUGUGGUCUCUGAUCUCUGACUGGUUUAUCUGGGAAGUGCUGGCAGUGCUCCUCUCAGCUGUAACACUUGCCGCUAUAGUCGCCAUUCUCGCCAAGUUUGAUCACAAACCACAGCCCGUCUGGAAGCACGUCUCCCUGAACUCGGUGGUCUCCUGGCUAAGCACCAUCUCCAAGGGUUGUGUAUUAUUCGCGAUCAGCGAGGCUCUGGGACAGCUGAAAUGGGUGUGGUUCGCAAAGAAGUCGCGGCCCAUGCUGAAUCUGAGGGCAUUCGACUCAGCUAGUCGGGGCUUUUAUGGGAGCGGAGAAUUGAUGUGGGCAUUACGGUUUCGGGCUCUUCUGGCGAACAGCACCUAUUAUAAUACAACCGGUCCGCCGUUGCAAAACGGAGCCCUUUUCUGGGUCGACCCGUCGCUGAAGGCAAACGUGUAUAAUUCACUCUUCAACAAUGACCGGUCGAGGCCAUGGGCCACUCCCCAGUACGUCUGCAGCACGAGUAACUGCACCUGGGACCCGAUUGCAACUUUGGAAGUUCGCGCUCGCUGCUCAAACGUGACAGACAGACUAGACAUAUCCUGCUCCGCCGUGACAGGCGAUGACCUGGGCUAUAACGGAUUAACCAACUGCACAGCCUCCCUCCCAGUGUCGAACACAACCGCCUGGUUCCUCUCAGGCAUGGCCGUGAAACGACCUCUAUCCAUAGCCACAGUCCAAGCAAGGUCAGCGCUAGUGUACAAAAACGCCAGCCUACCACCCAUCCAGAUGGUCGUACCAGACGGACUAGGCAUGGACGGCACCACCCUAAGAGACAACAACACCAGAUGGCAAGCAACAGAAUGUUCCAUCCAACCAAUGGUCCACAGCUUCCGAGCAAUAGUCAAGAACAACGUCUACAAAGAAGACUCAAUCGCAACCUGGGAAACCAGCUGGGCAACAUGGGACGAGAACUUACCUCUUUCGACCGAAGAGCUCCAGAAACUGACACCGGGGAUGUACUUCCAACCACCUUGGGGCCCCGACCAGGGCGUCCACCCCAACACCACCUUCGGGUUCUCCGCCCAAGCCGGCCUCUCCCUCCAGACCUUCUUCCAAGACCUUUUCACCGGCUACUCGUUCAUGCGCUCCAUCUACAGCGCGUCCUUCAUCCCGAACUCUAAUACCCUCUACGCCGGCGCCGAUUUCAUCCAGGCCAUGGCCCUCGGUAACAUCACGGACUGCAACGCCACGACUGCCGAUAAGCUCCGAUGCGCCAUGGACAACGUCGCCGCCGCCAUGUCCAAGUCCUUCCGCGACUCGAGGUUCAUCGCCGCGAACUCGGAUCCCGGGACGGCGCAGAUGGCGGGUGGUCGGGCCAUAUCGAGCGUCACGUAUGUCGAGGUGCGUUGGCCGUGGAUUGUUCUGCCGGUCUUGGUGUGGGUACUUGGGGCGGCGACUUUGGUGGGCGCUAUGUGGAAGAGUCGGCGGGCGGGGGUGCCGAAGUGGAAGAAUGAUCCUAUCCCUUUGUUGUCUUUGUAUCAGGGCGAUCCGGGGAAGGCGGUUCAGGCUGUUGGGGCUGGUUCUGGGGGGGGAGUGGCCAGGGAUGAUCGAUUGGAGCCGAAGAGUAUGUACAAUACAGAGAGCUAUGGUUGA